AUGAAAGAAUCUGUCUUCAAGGGAGUGGAUCUCCACCCACAGACCAACAACGUUAACCACCGCACCAGAGAAAUCUCCCUGACUCGGCUGAUAGUGAGGCGGGGCCAGGCCUUCAAACUGACCCUUAAUCUGAGGCAACCUUUCAACCCUUCUGUUCAGCCGCUCUGCAUCUCUGCAGCGACAGGCAAACUUCCAACUGAGAAACAGGGGACGUUAUCAUUCUUCGGUGUCCCAGAUGUUGUCAAACGUUCACCGUCAGCAAAGGCGGUGUGGAAGGUAGAGCUUGACAAGGGUUCCUCCACAACAACAGGCAACCUGAUCCUCACCGUCACCCCCCCGGCUGACACCCCCAUAGGGGAGUACAACAUGACUGUGAAGCACAGAGAUCAGGAAAUGGUUCUGGCAAAGCCUGUGGUGCUCUUCAACCCCUGGUGUCCCGAUGACUGGGUGUAUCUGAAGGAUGAAAAUGAGAUAAACGAGUAUGUGAUGAAUGAACAAGGAAUUAUCUACAGAGGUAGUAGCAACUACAUCGGCUACUGUAACUGGGACUUUGGACAGUUUGAAGACGACAUGGUGGACAUUUGUUUGAGGAUGUUGGACCUCAACCCCAAGUACAUGAAAGAUCCCGGUGACGAUGUCUCUGCUCGCUGUAACCCCAUCUAUGUCAGCCGCGUGGUCAGCGCCAUGGUCAACACUAAUGAUGAUCGUGGUGUCCUGGAGGGAAACUGGUCAGAUUCAUAUGCGAAUGGGGUCUCACCCACUCACUGGACCGGCAGUUACGCCAUCCUUAAGCGCUGGUUUGUCUCCGGCUCCCGGCCGGUCAAGUACGGGCAGUGCUGGGUGUACGCCGGUGUGAUGUGUUCAGUGAUGCGCCUGCUGGGCUUCCCCUGCCGCGUGGUCACCAACUUCGAGUCAGCCCACGACAACGAUAGGAAUCUGACCAUCGACGUGUACCACGCCGACUACGGAGUCAGAGAGACACCAUCCCCAGACAGCAUUUGGAACUUUCACGUGUGGGUGGAGGCAUGGAUGAGGCGGCCAGACCUGGCAAAAGACGGCAAAUAUGACGGCUGGCAAGUUCUGGAUCCAACACCACAGGAGAAGAGCCAAGGUGUUUACUGCUGCGGUCCAGCCCCCGUCGUAGCCAUCCUGAACGGAGAAACAGACCUCAAAUAUGACACCCCAUUUGUCUUCGCUGAGGUCAAUGCCGACUGCAUCGACUGGCUGGUCAAAGCUGACGGUUCAAAAGUGAAUAUCUUCUCUGACACGGCGAGAGUCGGUCAGAAUAUCUCUACCAAGUCUGUCGGCUCCAAUAAGAGGAUGGACAUCACCGACAGCUACAAAUACAGAGAGGGAACAGAGAAGGAGAGGUCUGUCUUUCACUACGCCACCACCAGAGACCUCUCCAAGGCUGAUGCGAUUGAAGAGGAGGGGGAGAGG